UGGAGAUUGAUCCACAGACGGUAAUAGUGCGCCCAAGACAUAUUUAUUCGGUACUUUAAUUUGUUGCCGAGGUUCAGAUCGUGCUUUGUUGGUUCCCAGCAACUGUAAGCAACCAACUCUAUAUUUACAGUCAUUUAUAACCAAAUGAGUAACUCCUUCAAAGUGGGAGCAACCUCUUGAAUAUCAACAGUGCAAUUCAUCCCACGAGCAUAUUUCUUAAAAAAGUAGAAUGCUUGCUUCCGGUGCAGGGACUGGAGGUAGUAGUACACCAGAUUCAAAUGAAUUUGUUCGUGGUACUAGUCCCGAAUUUACAGACGAAUUAGGUGAACUUGUUCCAGUACUUGACUCAAUACAUUUAGUUCCAUAUAAAAAAAGUUCCCUAGUUGGUUCCUCCUCUCCUUUUGAUCCUAAAAAAGUUAAAGUUACUGUUCAGCGUCCUGGUGACCAAAAAGCCUAUCAAUGUGGACCACAUCUUAGAAAAACCAAGAAAACAGACUCAGUAAGUUUAUUUUAAUUCUUUAUUUAAAAAGUUUGUUUUCCCCUUUUUUGUUUAGUUAAUUCGUGUUUUUGUUGAUUAUUCAAGCCCUGGUGCGGCCAAGUAUGGGAAGGGUCAAUCCUCCCUCUCGAAAUGCUCUCACACGGCCACGCAUAUACAGCCAUUGCCAGGGAAGUACUGCUCACUGUCUUCUCUCGGAGGGAGCGUUGUUUACGAAAUUGAGAGGACAAAAAGCGAAUUUCCGGCAUUUCGGCUGGGUUAAAGGACACGGAGGAUCCACCUAAUGGAUUUGAAAAACCGUGAUUCCGAACCAAUGGUGCACAUGGGCUUCAAAAUUGUGAGAGAAUAAAUGACUUAUGAAUCUAUUUUUAGUCACUGACUACUUUGAACUGGAUCUCCUAACGUUGCUCCACUGCCUUAUGGAUCAGACUUUUAAGUUGAAGACUUGAGGAAUGGCUCUGUAAGGAAACUACCUGUUUUGUUUUGUUUCUCGGACAUUAUCACAGCCUUUAUACAAAUCCCUGAUAACUACUACUGGCCUUAUUGUUGUGUGGCGCAUAUGUAUUUGGUGCCUCGUUGUACCAAUGUUUUUGUAUGUAAAUAAAUAAAUAAAGUCUUUUUUUAUAGCUUUUUAUAGCAACUAAGAUCUCGGUUGUUGCUCUUUGGUCCCUUUCUUUAUUAAUAUUCGUUGUCAUUCUUCCAGGCAGUAUAGAUGAAUAGUAUAAUAAUUAGGCUGGAAGAUACAACUGCUCUCAUAGUAACAAUCUGGUUACACGGGCCCCAAACACAGUUCUUGAAUCGGUUCCACUUUAGGAUUAUAGAUAGUACCCUCAUAUCUUAUCCAACAAGGAAUCUUGUUAAUUAUUAAGUUGAAUGGUAUAAUUUUUAAUGAAAAAACGUAAUCGCAUUUUUAGUUUUUCUUCAGUUCUCGAAUUAAUUCGCACUUCGGUUCAAGGGAUCCCUACCAUACAGCCUCAUGGUCUCGUGCCACGUUUAAUCGAUCCCGUUCACCUUACUUGUUUAUUUUUCAUUGUUCUAUUAUUUCGAUGAUAUAUAUAGUAUUUCUCAAUGUAGUCAAUGUAAAGAAAGGUACAACGAAUAGCAAUAUUUCUCGACUAAAUAUAGCUUCAAAUAAUCAUUCAGACAUUAUUCAUACUACAAGUUACAGAUGGUAAUAAGUUAACAAAUUGACGUUUUAAUAAAUGGGUGUUAAUAAUACGUUAUACGAAGAUUUGCUACAUAGAAUAUCUUUCGACUGUUCUGAGUAUAUCUCCGGCGCUAUGUCUCACAAACUCACGUUCCAUAUCUAACAUUCUCUUCCGAUCUAUAUAUUGGGUCUGUGGAAACGCUUUUCAUAAUGAAUCUUAAUGAAUAUGAAGAUCGAGCUAAGAAUGAUUGGCUCCUUCUUUAAGAAACUGUAUAAAUAAAUUUCACGACAACCUAGACACAGAGUAUAAGUGAGGUUACGUUUUCUCGCUACUUAGACUCAACUGUGAAAGUUUGUUUAUUUGUUCUACCUAGAUUUUCUCUGUAUGACAUCAGUUUAUGAAAUCACUAGCUAUUGGCCUGAACCUUGUAGGUAGAUGUAGACUAUCUGGUUGAGGUCCGCGUCGCCUGGUGAAAUGGCUCAAAACUGUACUCAAUGGGGCUGGUGCAUUUACUCUUUGUAUUCCCUAAGUUUCUAAAUCUUUUAUAAUUCUUCAUUUUACUAUUUAAUAUUUUCAUCUGAAAACAUAUCUUCGAAGUUUAAUCUUUUUCGCCACUAAUAUUAUUACUAACUCUACUACUGUGAGAUUUAACUUGAUUAUUUCAUCUUGCUGUGAUAAUGGGAUGUGGGAACUUGUAACGAUGCAUACCAAGUUUUACUUUGCGUAUUACCAACUGGUUGAUACAUAGACUUAAUGGUCUUUUAUGGGAAUAUGUUUAAAGACUGUCUCAAUCACCCAAUUUGAAAAAUAUUCGAUACAGUAAUUUCUGUCGAAUGAAUUUAUGGUUGAUUUACGAUUUUUAUUGAUACCAUUCAUUUUUACAGUAGUUUAGUGCCUACAUCGGUUGAUCGCUACUUUUUAGUAUACUGGAAGUUAAAGUUAAACAACUAAUCCCUUCUUAAAAAUCUAGUUACAAACUUAUUCCAGUAGUGUAGGAAAUAAGUUCUUGACAGCUUUACUUAGAUUUUUAAUGCGAGAUGAUUUUUUGUUCUUAAAUUUUCCAUUUUCCUAUGUUUUUAUUUAGAUAGAAUUCAAUUCAUAAAUAAGCUAUAAAAAUGAAUAUACGCCGGUUCAAACUAUUUUAGUUGUAAGACGAGAUGUUCAGCUCGUAGUAUCACUGUGAGAAUUAAAAAAACAACUAGCGUAGAAUUUUUUGGUCUAGGAGGAGUUAUAAAUAAUAAUAAUGACGAUUGACUACUACAUAGAAUUUGUGUUAUAGAUUAAGUUAUACCCCUUGGAUAAAUAUGUAUUCUAAUGCCUGACUAUCAAAAUGUUAGUAGAGGAGAGUUCAGAUUCAUGAUAAAAUGGUUAAAAAUGGGCCGUCUAAUCUGCUUUUAUGUAUUUCAGUUCUUACAUCCAUUCACUUAGUGGAAACAAUCCAGCUUUAUUCAUUAAUACAGAAAUUUUGCAGAAAUUGAAUUCGAUAUUAAAUUCAAAAGUUCACGAAAAUUAUUCUCUAUGCUAUCAUAGAAACUGACUCUCUACUCCUUUGACGACUAAAUUUAUGUAGCCCAUUGUACCAUUAUAGUAUAUUUUCAUGCGUAUUGCAAUGUAUAUUUUAAUAGAUGGUUAGUUUAAUGCAUUUUCAGAGUUAUUCAGGGUUCCUCUUGUUCAUAACUAUGAAAGGGGAACCAGAUAUGAGUUUAAUAGUGUUGUUUAGGUGAGUCCUACUUUUUGUUGUGAAGUUUUACGUGAUAUUGGAAAUUCUGUGAAUUGCAUUUAUGGUCUUGAAAAACUGGUAUCACUUAGAGCCUUAAAUAUUUAAAUGUACUAACUUGGGGAAAAGCAGAUUAUCAAUUUUAUACUUCUACACAGUGAUGGACAUGAGUUAGUAUGUAUUCCACAAUAGAAUUUGAUUUCCCCUUCAGUGUGUUAUAAUAAAUGUUCCUGUUCAUACUUUUGUGUGGAUGACUAUUUUUUAUUAACCAAAAUAAACCUGACAAUACAAUUACUGUGACCAUUACUCUGACAUUAUAGGUUUGUUUUGACUGGUAAAAAGUGACAGACUUUAAAAUCCAUCAGUUAGUGCUAAAAGCAAAUCAAAAUUAAUAUCAUAAAUAUUUUUUCGACACUGUCUAAUCUAUCCCUGAAACUAUUCUAUUCUAAUUUAAUGACAAUUUCUAUUUACUUGCUUAUUUUAUUGAAAAUUUCAAUAGAAUUUAUGUAUGAAUAAACUUUCAUAAAUCUGCAUUAUAAACAACAAAACUUUCUCAGUUCGGUUUGUUUUUACAUAUCAUCUUCACAUAAUAUUAUAUGCAUAUGGUUUUUUGGCGGAACAAGUAAAUUCUAAGGUUAGCGGAACCAUAAUCUUGAAUUGAUUUAAUCUUCAUUUAAUAUUCUCACCUUUUUAUUAUUAACGCUCUAUUAUUUUUCUUUGUCGUACUUUCCUGUCAUGUGAUCCAUUUUGCCUUCUUUCGCCCUCCCAAACGCUUACAAACAUUUACACACAAAAUGAUCAUAAUGAAUGUGAACUGACGAAACAAAACCUCAUUAUAAUUUUGAAAAUGCUUGUUUAUUUGUAUAUGUAUAAAAGGAUGCUAUCAGAGAAAUUAAUCGUUGUCGUGAGGAGAAUACUACACGUUUAGACUUAACUAAAGGUCAAUUACACUUUCUACCACCAUCAAUACGUGAUGUCGCACAUCAUCUAAAAGAACUUUAUCUAUAUUGCAAUAAAUUAGUGAAUUUGCCGAAUGAAAUUGGCACAUUGUUUGCAUUGGAAAUUUUAAUGGUACAAGAGAAUUCAUUAAGUGAUCUACCAGAAACAUUAGCACAAUGUACACAAUUACGUGUAUUAGAUAUAAGACAUAAUAAAUUAUGUGAAAUCCCUCAAGUUGUUUAUAAACUACAUAACUUAACACAUUUAUUUCUACGUUUCAAUCGAAUUCGUGUAGUGGAUGAAGAAAUUAAAUAUUUAACCAAGCUUCAAGUUCUUAGUUUACGAGAGAAUAAAAUCCAUACACUUCCAGCUGAUCCUGGUAUCGGUCAAUUGACCAAUUUGAUUACAUUAGAUGUUUCACAUAAUCAUUUGGAGCAAUUAUCUGAAAAAAUUGGUCAUUGUCAAAAAUUGUGCACAUUAAGCUUACAACAUAAUGAACUACGUUCGCUACCGAAUACAAUUGGUGAUUUAAAAAUGUUAGAAAAUAUUGGCUUGAAAUAUAAUCACUUGGAAUCAUUACCAGAUUCGUUAGCACUUUGUACAAAUCUCUUAGAAUUAAAUAUUGAAGGCAACAAUAUUUGGCAAUUACCGGAGGGACUGCUAACACAUUUGAAAAAAGUUUCCUGUGUGACAUUGUCAAGAAAUUAUUUUAAUAUUUUUCCAUCUGGUGGUCCUCAGCAAUUUACUUCAAUACAAUCUCUCAAUAUGGAGUACAAUCAAAUAACUCGAAUACCGUUUGGUAUAUUUUCACGAGCAUCAAAUUUAACUAAAUUAAAUAUGAAAGAUAAUCAAAUCGGUGCUUUUCCACCGGAUAUUAAAAGUUGGACAAGUUUAGUUGAAUUAAAUGUUGGUACAAAUCAAUUAACAAAGCUUCCAGAUGAUAUAGAAUAUUUAAUUAAUUUGGAAGUAUUAAUUUUGAGUAAUAAUCAAUUAAAAGUGAGUUAUUUCUAUUUUAUUUCUGGUACUUUAUGAUAUUCCUUAUAUUGAUGUAUACAUUUAUAUACAUGCAUGUGUGUGCUGUGCUGGGUACAUUUUAAUUGUACACUUUAUAUAGAAACAGUGAUUGUUUAUUUCUUUUACAUCUAUCUUGUUCCAAUAUUAACUUGUUAUAUCAAAAUGGUGGGGAUUUCAAUUGAGAGGCAAUGUAUUUUAAAUUGUGGAAGACAACUAUAUUGUGAAUAAUAUAUGAGUAAAAAAUGUUUAAUUCACUAAUUCAUUAACAAGAUUUUAAGAUGAUGAAAUUACAAGAUGAUAACAGUUGGUUAUUUGAACAAAAUCUUUUCAUCCAUUCAUUAUAUACCAUAACUACGAGGAUGAUUUGUGGUUUUCAUUUUGAUACUUUGCUUUUAGGUAGUUGAAAGAAAACUAGUAUAACUCAGUCAUAGAUUAUGAAGUUAAUUGAAACAUGUUUGUAUCCCACAGAGAGGACUGGGAUUCUUGAUGAUUACAUUUAGUCACUCAACAUUUCAAAACAGUACACACGAUGUUCAGUCACUUAGAUCAGUUCACACAUUUAACAUUGGUUGACAGUAUUUGAUUAGAACUGAGGGUCUGAAUGAACAUGACAAUGGUCACUACUCUGUAAUUAAUUAACUGUUGACGUUGAUUACUUAUGUAAAUGAGAUUAUUUAUAUUUUAAGGUUGGGUUUCAUUUUGAACUAAUUCUUUGUGAUGAAUAACUGAGAAAAUUGAUGACAGUACUUUGGAGGUUGUUGACACAGGAUAGAAAUAUAUCGCUUUUCUUUUUCACACGAAAAUUCUUCAUUUAUUAUUCAUAGGUUUGUUACAAAAAACAAAUCGUCAAAUGGCAAAAUUCGUUGUCCUAUUCUAUCCAAUAUCUCAUAAUAUUGUUUAUGUUCAACAAUCUUAUUUUAAAUUCUUAUAAUUAGCAGUAAAAUUGAUCAUAAUUCAUUGAAUACUAUAUGAAACGUUUUGUAAUUGGUAACCAAAAGUAUUCGUGAAGUUUUUCUUUGAAAAAAUAUAUUUUUGUUUUAGAAAUCAUCUUACUACUAUUGUGUCUAGCUGAUUUAUUUCUUAAGAAUAAUAUUUAUAACUUCAACAAAACUGUAUAUUGACUAGUCUGGUGUGUAUGGUAUAGAAGAGCUGAGUAAUCUGCGAAGUGGGAAUCGUCUAGUUGCAUGUAAGCUGUCCAUUGUAUUUCGUGCUUCCCGUGAGAUGUGUAGGUCUUCGUAAUCCAGUCGAUCACCGUAAGAGGGAGGGAGGGAGAGAGUAGGCAGCCUUGUCUGACUCCGGUUAUUCUUUGGGAUGUGUCAGUCGGCUGUCGUCCAUGCACGACUGUUCAGUUCAGUCCGUUGUAUGAAUUCCGGAUUAUGUUGACGAUUAAGCUUACAUAAGCUUAUCCUAUUCACACUAUCAAAUGUUUCCUCAUAGUCAAUUAAUUUAAUGUAUGAUGACGUUCCAUUCAACUGGUUGUUCAACAAUGAUCCGUAGUAUCGCAGUUGGGUUUGUGCACGAUCGAUCUUUGUGGAGUUUGGCCUGUUGACCAGGAAGUGGGACGUUUAUUGAGUUUCACGUGGUUCAGCAACACUCAGUUGAAAACUUUUGCUGGUAUCGAUAGUAGUGUGAUUCUACUGUAGCUUUCAUACUUGUUCAGUUUUCCUUUCUGUAGUAUCCUGAUGAGGUAUCCUUCUUUCUAGUCCAUCGGCUCUUGUUCUUCCUCUUAUGCUAUGAGAUUCACAUCCCAUUGGUGCUUUACACAAUUCUUUGGACAACAACAUAGCAAGUCCCUGAAUCUGUGGAACUUUUUUCUUGAUUGUCCGAGUACAGAAGCACGUCUAUAGAACUUAACCUUUUCUGUCCAGCUUGGGUACACUGUGUUUCACUGAUUCCGAGAACCGUCAACUUGUAUCUUCUGGUCCUCCCUCCCACAUUUUCUGGACAUUCCGUCUACCUAUAUUAAUUGUUACUCUAGUUGUUUGAAGGGGCAUCGUCCUCGUGACUUCCGAAGAAUCUCGACUUUCACCAUGAGGCGUCAUAAUUCUUGUGAAUGAAGAUGCUUCAAAUCGGAGGGCAGGGUUUAGAUUGCUCACUCUGGUUAGCGUAUUUUAGCAGCGUUGUUUUCUGCAGGGUGAGAUUGUUAUGACCAGCCCUCCUUUACUCGGCUCGGGACCGGCAGUCACCCUGGAAUGUCUGCAGGCGAAGUUAUAUAUAUAUAUAAGCUUGAGACGGUGUGUCUAUGCCUAUGCGUAUGCCGUUUUGAUACAGACAUUUGGUUUCAAUUAGGUUUAGGUCAGGAAUUUCCGUAUCAGUUGACUAUUUUUCCGUUUAGUUGAAAAGUAUUGAUCUGCUGUCUAGACUGCGUGAGAAUACGUGUCUUCCUUGACCUUUAUUUUUUUGAUGAAUCAAUAGACUAAAACCAGAAAUAAAUACUAAUCAUUUUAGUAACUAAGACAACAUCUAUUGUUUAUUCUCAGUUUCGCUAUUAUUUAACAUUACAAAUGAUGUAAACAUACAUUUAUAAAUGGAAAUUAUUAUUAUUAUUAUUAUUAUUAUUGAGUUUGAAUCUCUAGGACACUGGAUUUCUCCGAUUCACUGUUCUAAGGGCAACACACUCAUCACAACUAAUGAAGGUUUCAUGAGCAAUUCCUUACAGAAUCUCCUUUUCACAAUUCUGAAUAUUUGUAUACUAAAAUCAGGCACAUAUUCAGUCCACCCUGGUUUUUAAUAGUUUCUAUACAACUGAUAUUAUUCUGUCAGGAAUUUCAUUUUAAGCUGCUUUUAUGCAUACCAGAGUAUUAUGCUAUCUUUGGUCAAGUUUAAAUUUCAAAUAGCAUGUGCUAUAAAGUCAGUUGAUUUUUUUUCCGUGGGAUUAUCCAGAUGAAUUUUUGUGCGUAGCUGAGAAACAGUAAAUUUAUGAAUUUUCUCAGUCUAUUUUUGCUUAUCAUCCUCUUGGUCUAUGUUAUUUCUCGGAUAUAUGAUAAUAAUGAUUAUUUAAAUUGAAUUCUUUAUGUUUUGACUAAAAUUGGAUCAACUACUUAAAUACUAUUGGCUUAUCAGUCUGUCUUUUCUGCUGCUCUAUUUUAUCAUUAACCCCGUUUAUAUAUAUAAUACUUGGGCUUCCAAUCCGAAACAUAAGGUUUUCUCAGAGUAUCACUCGUUGAGUCUUCAACCUGUAUUUCUAAUCCACAAGGUAGUAAAGUAACAUCAGGAGACUCAAUCUCAUGGUAUUUGAAGACCAAAAUAGAUCUGUACAGAAUUUAUUCAUAUGAGAUUCUGAAGCCCACUCUCACCUUCAGUUUAGAAUUAGGGUUUCCUCUUUCUUUUAGGUGGAUCCUGCGUUCCCACCAAAUUGCAACCAUUUACUUGUAAUAUAGUCUAGUAGAUUCAUCAAUAAUCGUUCUAACAUCCUUCACAUUGCUACUUGACACAGCUUAUUGUUUUCCUGAAAUAAAGUCCAAAAUGAAAUAAAAGAGAAACGGUGUAAAGGAAUAAGUGAUCGAAAACUAUUGAAAAAUUGCAGUGAGGAAUUUUAAUUUAUGUCGAAAACGUAUUAUAUUUUUGUAUAAAAUACUUUAGACGGAGAAUUUUUUUGAUAUUAGCAAAAUAUUUGGAAUCGAGGAGCGGUUCCAAAAAGGCUACUUUAACUAAGAUAAAUACUAUUUAAACUACUCUUUAUAAGUAUUACACGAACACUACAGAAGUGUUUUUAUAGUUACGUGAGUAUUAUUGUCUUCAAUGAAUGGUUAAGGAGGUUUUUCUAUUGAACCCUAUUUAAGUAGUCUAAAUCGUGUGAUUGAGAAAGUUUAAAAAUUUUUCACUUUAGCGAACAAAAACACUUACCUAAAAAUUUUCCACAUAUCUCACAUUAAAGUCUUAAUAAGUUUAAUAUAAAAUUAAUUAUUGAGUAAUGUAAUGUUGUCCAGAUUGAAUUUACUACAAUCCGUUCGUUUAUUGGUCGAAUUUGGACUAUUGCGAAAAACAAUAUUUUAUAAUUUAAUAUUCUGGUUUCUUGUUUGAUUUUACUGUUACAUGGAAAUAAAGUUUCCAAUUGUUUUACCUAGAAUUUUAUUUUGUUGAACAAGGAAAAAAGGAUUGUUCUUUUCAUUUUAUUAAAUAUUCUGCUUUUUACUGCCCCAGUUGUUUAUCUGAUUCAUGAUGCAUUCAUACACAUACAUAAAUAUAAAACAGACUAGCAUUAUUUUCUGUAAGUUAAGAAGGAAAAAAGAUAUUUCCUGUCUCAUACUUCACGUUAGGAAAUUUAUUGCGGCCCUAGAUUGCUUUUUCUCUCAAUCUUUAACCGAUCAAUGUCUUUGUAUUAGUAGAACAGAAUGGUCAAUGUCAAUCUAGAAUCAUGUCUGUUAAAAAUUCCAUUUAACCAAUCAGAGAGGGUGAUUUAUGAUUCAUUGACCUUGAUUAUAUAAAUUCUUCGAUUCACUGAAGUGAUUCGCCAAAUUUAUCUCCAAAUAUACGCUUCUGGUGUCCAAAAAGGGAACUUAUUUUGGACCCUGGAAAGUUUGGCAUUGAACACAUUAUAUAGUUAUGUCUGGAAAAUUCAAGAUGCUUUUGAUUCGCAUGACCUUACUUUACCGGAAUUUUCAAAUUACCACUUAAACCUUUUAUAUUCCUUUUGGAAUUUAUUAAUAUGUGUUAAUUUCUUUAUUGUUUUUCUUAUUAGAAGGAAGUAGUUAUCCCACUUAAUAUUAAUGUCUUGAAACCGUCGAAAUAACAUCUGUCUCAAUAAAUAUAACGAACCUUGUAUUUGGAAUACACUUUCCGAAAGUUAGUGAGUUGUGAAAUCAAAAAUUAUAGGUGGUAAAAUUAAAACCUUGGAUAAAGACAAAAACUGAAGGUAGUUGCAAUGGAGUUCUAACCGUGUCACUGAAAAUCUCUAAACAGUAACGUUUCCUGACACAAUUCAGCUCACCAGUCAAUAACUAUUUGAACUGAUGCCAUAUCUCGGCAUGGCAACAAUAAUCCUCCUUUUCUCUGUUAACUACAAUUGAUUUUCGAAGUGGUUGAUGGUCGGCUAUGUAUUACACUACCCUGCUUGAUAUAAUUUAUUUUUAAAUAGUUAUAGAAUUACGAUCACAUAACCAUGCUUCAUCGUCUCUUUAACUACUAUUUAGUUAAUCUAACAAUAAUGAUUGCACUAAAUCCGUCUGAUCCUCUCUGUGUGAUCUAUAAUCCUUUUUUUAAUUAUCCCCUUUUUCAAUGUGUUUAUUUUGUUGUUUCUUUCUUCUCUCUCUUACUCUUUUCCUUCUACUACUAAUCUUUCGUUACUUUUUUCUCUGUUAUUUCCCUAGCAAAUCCCAGUAACUAUUCGAGAAUUACAAAAACUACAAGUUUUAGACUUGGAAGAAAACCAUUUAGAAAGUUUACCGCCAGAUAUUGGUUAUCUAGGUGAACUUCAAAGAUUGGUGGUCCAAUCGAAUAGACUGACUAGUUUACCUCGAGAAAUUGGUCGCUUAUAUAAUUUGAUUUAUUUAGCCGUUGGUGAAAAUGAACUACAAAGUAUACCAAAUGAAAUUGGUGAUCUACAUAAAUUGGAAACAUUAUAUUUAAAUAAUAAUUUGAACUUACAUGAUCUUCCAACUGAACUAGCUAUGUGUUGUAGUCUACAAAUGAUGUCCAUUGAAAAUUGUCCUUUAACUCAAAUUCCUGUUGAAGUUGUAACUGGUGGUCCUUCACUAGUAAUUCAAUAUCUACGUCUACAGGGCUCUUUCAGUCAUAUAUGAAUCGUUAAGCUGUUUCAAAUUAUUUCUUCGUCUUCUCUUUGAAUUCUCAACAUCAUUGAAAUACAAAACAACAGGAAGUAAGAGUUUUCUGUUGUUAAUGGAUGAUACAUUGAUUCCAUAUGUCAAUUCAAAUGUGUUUUUGUAUACUUAUAUGCUCAUAAUUAUGCACACAUGUAUGAUAGCACGUUUGUGUACUUCAAUUACUAGAGCCUUGUGAUUUAACAUUAUUAAGCCAAACUUAUUUUUGAAAUAUCUGAUACUGCACAAAAUGUUUAUGUAAAUUACUCAGAAAGGGAUAAAAAACUUCUUUCAUCAUUAUCCAGUUUUCAAUAAUAUUUUGACUUCUGUACAUGUUGAUGAUUUUCUUUGCAUGUAAUCGUUAGCUAACAAAAAGUUUAUGAUUGAUCAUUUGAGAAGUCUUUCGCUUCUGAUUUUUGAUUUAUUUUUGUGAAUAUUUCUCUUGAAGUAGAUCAGUUGAAUAUCGAAAAAUUUUUGUAUAAAAAAAAAUCAGAUUUCUUAAUAUGUCAGCGUUUAUGUGUAUUCAUCUUUUCUUUUUCUCUUUAAUUUUGUUAGUUAGUAUAUUUCCACCUUCGUAAGUUUUUCACUUAUUAUCUUGUCUCUAAAAUCUAGUCUCAAUGCACAUGCAUUUAAUAUACUCUGUCGAUUGUACUGCUAAGCCAUAAACUUUAAAAUGUAAUUACUUUUGCAUGGCUAUCACACCCUUUAGAACGUUGUAAUGUGACAAAUAAGAAUAGGAUAUGAACUGUUCCGCGAUAUAUAUAUAUAUAUAUAUAUAUAUAUUCAAUCUCUUCUACUUGCAUAUCCCUAAAUAAAACGAAACAUCAAAACUCUGUGUAAUUAUUAUUUUUUGCAACUUCAUUUUUUUGUUCGUUUUAACUUUCAGACUAUUUCUAACGGUUUAUCAUUAUCUUCGUGUUUAUUUCUGAUUAUUUAUUUUUUUUGUGACUUAUAAAAGCGCAUCUUUUCUUUGAUUUCUUUAUUCAGCUUCACUCUUUUUGCUUGUUGCUAAUCAGUCAGUUUUUAUAUAUCUGAAUGUUUAUAUCGCUUUUUCUAAGAAUAAUUUGAUAAAAUUGAUUUUAGCUGAAAGACAGAUUAGUGUUUUCUUUACAGAAUUAAAAAUUGUUGACAUUUUACUGGUUUUAACUGCGAUUAAGUUAUCACAUCAUUGAUGUGACAUAACAAAUAUGGGUUGAGGAUUCGUAUCACUUUUCAUUUGAAACAACUGGAUUCUUAUAGUCUUCAGUUUUAAAUUUGACCUACUUAGUUCAUUAUCCUAAACUGUAUGUUACACAUUUUGUUUUCAUCUCUAACAAGAUCAAUGGAAAGUACUGUAAAUGAUUCCUUUGUUUAUUAUUUACUGUUGAACUACGAUCCCGUGGUAUGAUUAAUUUCAAUAUCUUUUGAACUGAGCUAUCCAAGUGAUAUUUUUCUUGCCUAAAAUAAGAAUAAGCUAGCAAUAGUUGAUGAAAGCAGGUGUUACAUGAUAACCGAAGAUAGUUGUAGAGAACUGAAGUGAACUUGGCAUGCUAUGAGCCAAAGCUUGUAAUAUGAAGAAUUCAAGUCAAACUUUUCAUAACCGAAUAAUUGUGAGUUUUGACUAUAACAACUUGCGUAAUUGCCUAAGACAUUGGGCGGUUAGGUAGGUACCCCAAUCUCGAAUAUUCCAAUGAAAGCUUGUAUCAGUUGCUAAACUAACUUUCACACAUCCUUGAGAUAUUUUGGCCGACAUAGAACAGUUUCCUUUCAUGUUUUGCUGGUCAUAUGAACUUACUGACAAAUUAAUAUAAUGUAAAUGAAAGUCUUUUAGGAGGUAAUCAACAGGUUAUACUGCAAAGCUAUAAGUAAAUUUAGAUGAUAUCAACACUUGGUAUGUUGUUUGUGUUCACUGAUUGAAGUGAAUGAUUGAUUUACAGUUAAAUACUUCAAAUGUGUUUAUUUAUAGUUAUUAAUAAUCCUCGGUUGAUUGGCAGUCGAACAUCUCUCAAAAUGCACUGAGUAUUCAGAGUUUAACCCAAUAAAGUAAUUAUCUAUAUUCGAAUGAAUAUGAAUCAGUGAUGAUGACUCAAAUUUACAAUUAUGUAAAAAGAAAACUAAGUGACAGCGAAUGAUAUCAAAAGUAUGUAUAAAUAGGAAUUUGUUCAAUUUUUGAAACUUUGUCAUGUAAACCACCGUAAUGGUUUGGGACAAUCCCUACAUAAAAAUUGUGGUAUUGCAUAAAUAUGUGCAACUUUCGUGUUGCACACAACCGAUAACACAGACGAUGAGCUCGGCAUUUCCUCAAAAUUCUGUUCAAAAAACAUCGAAGAACAUUUCUGAACUGCCGAAACACCUUUUAAGCAUGGUUAGUUUAGUUUUUGCCCCAAUUUCGAGAAGAAUGGAUUUGAUCUUACACUAUUUGAAAGAACCAGUAGAAAUAUUUCUAUAUAGUCCUCGAAUCUUUACAGAUUGGUAAGAAGAACUUUCAGUAGUUUUGAAAUAUGAGAAGAUGAAAAGCUUAGUUUUUUUUCUCUGGUAUCACAUUACCACGAUAUUUCUUGCGAAGUUAGCCUGUCAUGUAGUAACUUUUUCAGAAGGUACAUUUUUGAACCUGUUUUUCUACCGAACAAAAUAUUCCGUAAUAAGCGAAAGAUGAAAAAGUGAAUUUUAAAUAUCUAUGAACUGUUUCACUUCAAUCACUUUAUCCAUUAAAAGUCCUACUUGAGAGGUGAGCUGCCCACUAAAUCCAUGAUAUUGAACAUCAACAGUCCCUCAUAUCUUUUGUACACUAUUCUACCAUACGAGCACCUGGAAGUUGUCUUCAUUUGACAUGAAAUCUAAAGUUUUAGAACUGUCAGCUCAAUCAGCGAGAAGAUGGUAGAAAUCUAUGGUACAGAAUCAGAUAAUGUGUUACAGGAGCUUGUUUUAACUGUACGUAUGACAUACUGUGGUG